UGUAACAUCUGCCUUCCCCCAUCAGAGGAAACUUCCUCUUUCCUCUGUGAAGUGGUCAGAGGUUUCCUCAUGUGUCAGUCCUGUCUGAGUCUCGCCGUGAAGACGCUUCAUGAGAGCCAGAGCAGAGACGGACAGAAGUCCAGACACGAUCUGAAGCAGCUUUGCACUCUUCUUCUGGAAACUUUACAGAAAUGAUGCUGAUCUUUGGACUGAUGCUGCUGCUUCAAUCUGCUGCAUGUCUGGAUCAGUACUGCAGGUUAAAUCAGUCUGAUAUCUGUUACGCAGCUCUGGGACACAAACUCAGUCUGCUGAUGGUGUGGGACACUACAAAACAUGAAAUCAAGAUACAACAGAAUAUAAACUACAACACAGACUCUGAUCCAGUUUGUACAGUGAAGAAUGACAUGAAGAAGAAGAGUGUAUGUGAUCUUUACUGGAGCAGAACUGAAGUUACAGUCAAUGCUGGGACUCUGAUAAUAAACCCUGUGAUCAGAUCAGAUUCAGGGAAUUACACAAUAAGAGUCUAUUCUUCAGGUGGGACAGAAAUAUUUAAAAGAGAUCUUCAAGUGAAGGUUGAAGCUCCUAUUGGCUCAGUGGAGGUGUCAAUCAAGUGCUCCUCCAGCGGGGAGAGGAGGGCGUCCUGCUCCUCUGAGGGAGAUCAGAUCCUCUACAGCUGGACUCUGAAUGGAGAUCCACUGAUGGAUGGAGACUCCUUCAUUGAUCUGGACACGAGAACCGAUGGAAACAUCAGCUGCAGCGUGAAGAACAACGUCAGUCACGGACAGAAGACCGUUGAAGUCAAACCCUGUCCUGGAUCAACUGCUGCAUCUGAGACCUCAACAGUAACAAACAAUUCAUCCUCUGUCUUACACUUCUCUCUGAUUGCUUUGGGCUGUGUUGCGCUUAUCCUGAUUCUGCUUUUCAUCACCGCAUAUCACAUCUACAGGAAAAAACAGGUCAAGUCAACACCAGCCGCCGCUGGGAAUGAGGACAUCACAUACGCUGAUAUCACUUAUAAGAAAAAGAAUGACACGAAGAAAGCAGAAUCACUCCCGCCUGCUGAUGUGGAAUAUGUUGCCAUCCAACAUCAGAGGAAGAGGAAGGAGAGAAAAGAGAAGAAGGAAGAAGUUGAGUACGGUGAGGUGACGUUCACUCCAAACCAGUCGAGCGCUCGCCCGCGGCCUCAGGAGGAGAGUAUUUAUUCUCAGGUACACAGAUGCUAGUUUCACAACAACAGCUGUGUAAAAUCAUACUUUUCCUGAGAAAUUAAGCACUUACACUCACUUAUGUUUCGCUUUUCGAGUUUUUGUGAAGCACUGUAAAUUGUUUGGUGUGAUAUGUUAACGAUGGUACUGUAAGCUGAUGUGCUGUGCUAUGGCUUGUAGAGUGAGCACGAAAGUGAUAGUUCGCCCAAAAAACGAAAAUUGCUAAAAACCAUCCUAGGUGUGUAUGACUUUCUUCUUUUAGAAAAAUACGGCUCCGGGGGGGUUAACAGGGCCCUCUGAAGUGAAACAAUGUAUAAUAUCUUGAGAAGUAGCUUGAGUACACAUCUCUUAACUCCAUUGGACACUUCAGCUGUCUGAGAAGUCUGAGAAGAGUAGGCCUGUUUGGUUAAAAAUCGAUAGCUGCUUCGGUGCAGAAAGAAGCUCGUACGUAAGUGCGCUAGCAGAUCAGGCUCAUUUCUAAUAUAACAGCCUAAUCAGCUCAUAAUUUUUUUGCAUUGCAUUACUUAUAUCUCUUAAACCUUUAAAAUAGAGUUUAGGAAGAUGUAUGUAACCAGAGUCGUCAGCUUUGGUUAACUAUUGAAGCCUUUACUCUUGUCAAAAGGCUCAAUGCGACCGCAGACUUUGUUUGCGUGCAGAUUUACUUCCUCCUAUUCAUGUUCACAGCCUAGUCAGGUUGUCGUUUUAUUUUAUUUUAAAACCUUAUAAAGUGAAAUGGAGUCAUUUAGAAAACUUUUAAUGAUGGAUGGACGCACUUUUUUGCGCUUCAAAAUCUCAACACCCAUUCGCUGCCAUUAUAAAGCUUGUAAGAGCCAGGACAUUUUUAACAUGACUCCAGUCGUAUUUGUCUGAAAGAAGAAAGUCACAUACACCGGCCCGAGGGCGAGUAAAUCACAAGCCCGUUUUCAUUUGUGGGUGUUUUCAUGUGCCUAGGCUGAACCGUUAAAUGUUGACUACGCAAGACUAAUCCAAAAUUACGUUCGUUUCCUUCAGACAAACACUACUGUGUUUAGAAAUUUGAACAGAAGUUUGCUCUGUGAUGAUAUGAUGGCGAGAAAUGGUUUAAAAGAAGGCUUUUGAAUUUGCAAUCACAUAAACACAGCACCCGGCCGAUUUGAAAUUGUUUUCAAAGCAAUCGAAAUUUGGAAAGUCGAAGCUUUGCUCUAUUGAGUCCUCGCGUAACAGAUACGAGAGAGCCAAUGAGUUAAAAACAUCUGCAUUUGGCCGUCUGGAGAGAGUUUCAAAACGUUAACAUAAUGUUAUGUUUCCAUGAAAGUGUUGCCGUAAAAAUAUAUUCAAUUUUGUAAGUUCCUCAAGUGCAGGAAAUUACCUAAAAGAGGUCUGAUGAUAUCUGGAGGUCCACCCACACUGGCGGGUUAAACUGCUUUAAAGCUGUGUGAAGGCCUUACUAGUCCUGCUAGUAAACUAGUUCCGGGUUCAGUUUCCAGAUAAAAACUUCGUAGCACGAAUUCUCUGCAAAAACAUCUAAAAGGCAUUUAAAUAUAAAUGCACGUCAUUUUUUAUUGCAUCUUUGUUACGUUCAUGAACAAUUGCAUUUAAUUUAGUUAAUUAUCACCAGCUCUGUAUAUAUUUCGGCUAUUGAAGUUUUAUUUAUAUUAUCUCACAGCUCUAUAUAAAAAGUUAGAUACUUUAUAUAAGUCUGUCUAGCUUUAGCAUGCAUACGGUAUACUGUUAGUAAUAUUAAGUAAGUUAAUUUAUAUUAUAGGUCUUUAUAUAAAAUUGUACAUAUAUAACUAUUACAUUUGUACACGUACCGUACAGUACAUAGAGCGAUUUAUAUUAUAAAGCCAAUUUAAGCUGUUUUAUUGUUUAUAUUGUCACAAAAUAUAUCUAUAUUAUCAUCCAACUCUAAUCUGAUUAAUUGUGACAUGAAGAUAUUAAGUUAUUAUAAACAUUAACAUCAUGACCCAAGCUGAUUCGAAACAAUGCGCAUGGUUAAAAGCUUCUGCAUUAAAUAGGUUUUUGUGCUGAUUGAGUGUUUUUCAGCGUGCAAGCAUUUUGUUACAUCUUUAUGAAUGUGAGUUUAUUAAACCAUUGUUUUCGUAGAUUAUUAUUUUUUUAUCAGUUUUAAAAUGUUUUGAAAUGGUGGACUGGAAAGUCUUAGUCUGUGGUCCGUGGUGGUUUCCUGGUCAUGUCACGUGACUUCCUCUCAUGCAUCGCGGUGCGUAAAAAAAUUAGUUUUUAAACAUAUUCAGUUUUGCUCAUUCAUUUACAUUAAGCACCUACUUAAAUGCAAUUGAAAGCGCCUCCUUCAAUCUUUAUCGGCGUUUGUGGAAAUAUUUUUUUUUCGUCAUUAAUCAGUCGCCGUCUAAUGAUGCCGGUCCUAAAUAAGCCGGUCCGAAUGACUGUUAAACUGGAUGCCAUUUUUAAAAAUGGGAAAAAAAUUGUUUCUAGUAACACCCAGACACUCAAAAAGAGCACCGUCAAAUGCAAUUUCGAUCAUGUUUUUGCUGUUCGGUUGAAGAGAUGGAGAUGCUGCUGUUGCCUUUAGCAGCCUGACUUUCCCACAUCCAGAAGGCUAAUGAUUAACGCACGCAGAAUAACGUCCCGUGUUAUCUGCGCGGCUGUAAACGGACUUAAAAGUCCUGUUGGGAUGUUUAGAGGAAUUCAUUCACGUGACCAGAUGAGCGUUUUAUUUUCAUAAGCUCUGUUUUUAGUGUGUUUUUUUAGUGUGUACUGGUUCCUCAAUAAAGAUGCUGAAGUGUGUAACAAGAUGGUGACCUCUGUGGUUGAUGAACGAGUUUCUGAACUAAUAGGCUAAUAUGUUCUUAACAGCAAGAAACUGAAGCGUGUUUAUAUUUUUAAUGUGUGAGCUGCACAUGAAAUUAUGGAUGUAUUUCUUGCAUAUUUCUUGUAUUUCUUAAUCUCAGUGCUCAAAAUUAGGCAAAAUAACAAGCAAAAAUUUUUUAUAAUUUACUUUUUUGAGCCUCCCCUGUGUUUUACUUUCACUUAAAACAGUCAAUAAAUUGUAUAUAUGUGUAACACAAA